AUGGGCAACACUACCAGUACGGUGUUGGACAACAUCGUCCAGGGGUCCAACUUCGACAGAGAAGAAGUUGACCGUCUGAGGAAACGUUUCAUGAAGCUGGAUAAGGACAAUUCCGGCACAAUCGAGCGCGAUGAGUUCCUCAGCCUGCCCCAGAUUUCCUCCAACCCGCUUGCCACGAGAAUGAUUGCGAUCUUUGACGAGGAUGGUGGCGGUGACGUUGACUUCCAGGAAUUCGUAUCAGGCCUCAGCGCCUUCUCCAGCAAGGGCAACAAGGAGCAGAAGCUGCGCUUCGCCUUCAAGGUGUACGAUAUCGAUCGCGACGGGUACAUCAGCAAUGGUGAGCUCUUUAUUGUGCUCAAGAUGAUGGUUGGAAGCAACCUUAAGGACCAGCAGCUGCAGCAGAUCGUCGAUAAGACCAUCAUGGAGGCCGACUUGGAUAAGGAUGGCAAGAUCAGCUUUGAGGAGUUCACCAAGAUGGUAGAGAACACGGACGUCAGCAUGAGCAUGACUUUGGACACGUUUUAG